AUGAUUACACCGAUGCAACGAUUUCUAUACACUGACAUGAAUAUCGAAAUCCUACUGAACGUAUGAUAAGAGCUUCGUUUCAAACUCAUGCGCAUUAGUGCGAACAACUAGGCGACUGAUGAAGUUAACGACCUCCAUUAAUGGAACACAUCAAACUACAAAUGAUGCUUUCAGACGAUUCAAGAGUCUUACUGAAAAAGAAGCGAUUCUUUCAUCUGGUGCAACUAAUUUGCCAGAUAUCUUCAUUCUCUCUGGAAUUAAACCAAAAGAAAAAUUAAACAAACAUGGUAUUAAAAUAAUUAAUGAUUUACCAUGUAUUCAUGCACUGAAUUUUCACUUCUAUAAUAAUCCUGAUUUGUCGGUGGAAGGUGUAGAAGCAGCUUUAAAACUGUUUGAUAUAGAAUCGUUUGUGAAAAAUUAUUUUAGGUUGAUAGAUAAAUUUUUAUCUAUUUGUAGACAAUUUGAAUUUGGUGGGAAAUAUUUUCAGAAAUGUAUGAUGAUGAAGUAUACUUCGACUACUUAUCGUUGUUGGGACUUGUUCUUAGAGAAGAGAUUGAGAUUUUACGGAGUUGAUAAUUUGGGGAAUGUGGCUGUUUCGAUUAUACCGAAGAUUGUUAAAGGGAAUACAAAUGUGCUUACUACUACGAUCGCGAAGAAAGGUGAAAUGGUUGUUGAGUUUGGAUGA